UUUCUGAUGCAGACUUCCAUCAGGCAACAAACUCAGGACACAAAGUCUAUCAGAGGAAGAACGCAAAGUUGCUGACAUGAAGCUGGGUCUGCUGAUGGUUCUGGCUGUGGCAGUUCUGGUGUCCAGCCUGUCUGAGGGCCGGAUCAUCUCCAAGUGCGAGCUGAAAGAAAAGCUCCAGGCAGCGAUCGCCCUGCCCAAAUAUCUACACAAGCACAAGGAACACAUCCUGGCAAUAGUUAUCUGUGAAGUGCGUAAGUGGUCUCAUCUGAACACCAGCCUGGUCAAGGUGGAGGGCGAACGCGGAGCUACACCGACAGCCAGGCCGACAACGAGGGCCACAAAGCUCUCAACACCACUAGGUGACGAAAUGACCACAGAAACGACGACCAGCAAACCCACAACUGCCAAAACGACGACCAGAAAACCCACAACCGUCAAAAAAACAACCAGCAAACCCACAACCGUCAAAAAAACAACCAGCAAACCAACAACCACUGAACCAGAAACCACCGAACCAAGCCAGACUACACUGCUAUCUCCGUCCUCCAGAAGAAGAAAGCGGGAGGCUGGUGCAAUGAGCAAUGAAUCCAUCUCCACAGACAUGGUCAACAACAUGGACGAACUGCUGAACGAGGAAGAAAGCAACUUCGACGAGGAUGAGCUGAUGCAGGACGACAACAAGAUGACCGAGGAGGAGGAGAGAGAUGGGGAGGAUGGUGAGAAGGGCGAAGUGGAUGAGGCAGAUGUGAAACAGGUGCCCUGGUCCCUCGGGUAUUACGGACUCUUCCAGCUGUCAGACAGCCACUUCUGUGACUCGGGUUAUCGCUGGUCCAGAAACAAGUGCAGCACCGCGUGCACAGCCUUCACCGAUGAUGACAUAACGGAUGACAUUGAUUGCGUGGUGAAGACUGGUUACUGGAGGUUUUUGGUGAUUAGCGCCUCUCACAAGUGUCGUCGUACCUUGAACUUCUUCAGCGAGUGUAAAUGAGCAGCUGCCAGCAGGACACCUUUAUACCUGCAGGAUUUUCACACCAACAAUGUUUUCUACACCUCCAGUGUGACCCGUGCACUUUUACUUCCCAAACAUUAUGAAGCAGUUUAUUUUUUUUCCGUUUAAUUAAUUAUUGACUUUAAUUUAUUUAACUAAUUUUGUUUGAAUUCCUCUGCGGAUUUGAAAGUAAUUUUGUCGUCAAAAUCAAUUCAACUGAUGAAACAAAGAAAACUAUUCUUGUAUCUUCUACUUUCUGUGAUCUUUCUAUAAAUAUGUUUCACUCAGUGUACAGUGUUUGUUUGAAAAACAUGUUUUCAUAGUAUCAAUGACUAAUCGAAGUUCAAUCUUUUCUGAUCAGAUUGCCAAUUCUGAUGACAUACAGUGAAAAUAAUCACGGACCCUCAAUCCGUUCACCCAUUCUGUCUGUAACAGAAAUUAAACUUGUGUCCGGUUUGGUCCUUUCCACUCAUUAAAGUUAUAAUCUGUAACUUUUCCACAUUAAAAUGUCUAAAAACAACUACAA